AUUGGGUCCUCACCGCAUGAAAACAGUUUGUAGUUUUUGUAGUCUCCAAAAAAUAUAAAUCGUUAGCUAUAAUUAAACGUCAGUUUCGCUCGUUUGCGGGAUGGACGCGGAUAAUGAGAGUCAGUUGGAAAGACGAGCGGUUGAGGAACUCCUGAAAGAGGCCAGUAGAGCCAGAGUGCGGGCAGAGACCAUGGGGCCUGCAGGGUGGAUGAAGUGCCCUCUAGGAAGCACCAAUAAACGUUUCCUGCUGAACACGCUCCGGUCGUCUGCUCUGGAGCGCCGCUCUGGUGGCCAGACAGCUACAACGAGGAGAGAAGACGAGCGCAGGAGUGAAGGAGAUAAACGUUAUCGCAGUGAGGAGAAAGAGCGCAGCCACAGGAAAGACAGAGAACACAGGAAAGAACAAACUGGCUCUCAUUCUCAGUCUGAAAGACAACACACCUCCUCUAGGAACGCUUUGGCAUCCAGAGAACACUCGCCCCACCACUCAAACAGGACACGCUCACGCUCACCUGUCAGAGACCGGUCAGCGCUCAGGAAAUCCAGGGACAGGACGUGAAAAUGAUGCAGGAAACUUAUAAACUUAUGAAAUAUAUACUGGAGGGCAAAUCAUCAUCCAUCUAGAUCGCUGCCCAUACUGUCACAUCUCUCAGCGGAUGCAAGAUUUCUUUUAAACCUUCCUUCCAUCAGUACCCUGGUCUAUCUAAUUGUUUUUAAGCCUUUUCUAUUUGAUUUUUUGUGGGACUGGGCACUUUAGACAUUUUUGGUAUGAAUAUUUACAUUUUUUAACAAAAUCCCACAUUGAACUCAAAUGUUCCACAAUGUAUUGUGCAGAAGGUUUGACGUGUUUAUUGUGUGCAGGUAGCAUUUCUGUACUUUCCAUAUACACCUCCUUUUAGAUGUGUUUCAUUUUGCUUAAUGUGUCAGCUACCUGUGUCCCAACGUUGUCUGUGAAAAUACAAUACACUGUUUCAUUUUUCAACUGAACACCCUACUUGAGUGAUUAAGGAAACAAAUACUAAGAGGAAUUUGGGAUUGCUGAUACCUGUAUAUGCCAUGCCCAUCACUACUUUUUGUUUUUCGUGCCACAUGUUUUGGUAAAAAAUAAACACAGAGAGCCAGUCAGUAAAACAAGCAAAGUACAGGGAUUGAUUAAGUAAUGAAUUGCUUCUUUUUCUUAUAGGCAAUUCACUGUCAAAUGGCUUAGUUUGGUGUCCCAAACUCCUUGUUAAUUAUUCCUAAAGGUACAAUAGUGAAUAAACUGAUAGAGAGAAACAUUAGGAAUUGACCAGUCUUUUGUACAUUGGAGUGCCCUUAGCAUAUACACUGUACAUUAUGGGAUUUUACAGUGGCAAUGUAUUGUGCUUAGUGGCAUUAAGUAGAGGUGGGCAAUAUGAAGAUAUUUUAUAGUUAUCAUGGUAAACAGUUUGCGUUUCUGAGUAUAUUGUGGCUGUUUGUAAAUGUGGCACAAGU